GCUGGGCGCGGAGAGAGGCGGUUUCUCCUCGAGACGGGCGGCAAGCAUGGCCAGUCGGCUGAGGAAGGCGGGCUCUGUGUCAGUGGAGCUUCUCCCGCCUUCCUCUGUACCGGCGACCGAGGUGGAUGAGGGAAGGCGAGAGGGCAGCCGGGGCUAGUGGUGGUGGCGGCGGCGCAGGAAGAGCGGCUGUGGGGUGGGGGUGGGGGGCUUCGGCAAGUGACGCCCCGCGGGGCUGUGAAGCGAACACCCCCCCCUCCUUAGCCCGAGCGAGGGAAACCCCCUCGAGCGCCGGAGAAACUUCAAGGACUUGCCGCACCGACAGCCCCCUCCCUCUUUUCCUAUUUCCGCGGAGAUCCUCGCAAACGCGGGAGGAGGCGAGGAUCCUGGGCGCGGGGGAGGAGGAGCGGCGGCGGCGGCAGUCAUGAACCCCAGCGGGCAGCGAGGAUUAGGCAAAGCGGCCGGCGGCGGAGACGAUCCCUGGGAAGAGUGCCUGGAGGUGGCGGUGCAGCUCGCGCUCCAGGCGGGACAGAUUAUUAGAAAAGCUCUCACAGAAGAAAAGCAAGUAUCUACCAAAACAUCUGCAGCAGAUCUUGUGACUGAAACUGAUCACUUGGUGGAAAAUUUAAUUGUUUCUGCAUUGAAAGAAAAGUUUCCCUCUCAUAGGUUUAUUGCGGAAGAAGCUACUGCUGCUGGUUCAAAGUGCAUACUCAAUGACAGUCCAACUUGGAUUAUUGAUCCUGUUGAUGGCACCUGCAAUUUCGUACAUAGGUUUCCAACUGUAGCUGUUAGCAUUGGAUUUGCUGUCAACCAAGAGCUUGAAUUUGGUGUAAUUUAUCACUGCAUUGAAGAACGAUUAUACACUGGUAGAAGAGGUCAAGGGUCAUAUUGUAAUGGCAAAAGGCUUCAGGUGUCAAAAGUGACAGAUAUCACAAAAGCCUUGAUUUUAACUGAGAUUGGUCCAAAGCGAGACCCUGACACUCUGAAAGUUUUUCUUAGUAACAUGGAACGACUGCUAAAGGCACAGGCACAUGGGGUUCGUGUUAUUGGAAGUGCUACUUUGGCACUCUGUCAUUUAGCAUCUGGGGCUGCAGAUGCAUAUUAUCAGUUUGGCUUGCAUUGUUGGGAUUUGGCAGCAGCUACUGUUAUUAUCAGGGAGGCAGGUGGCGUUGUGAUAGAUACAUCAGGUGGACCUCUAGAUCUGAUGUCAUGUCGAGUAAUAGCAGCAGGUACCCAGGAGAUGGCCUCAUUCAUCGCUCAGGAAAUACAGACUAUUCACUAUGGACGUGAUGAUGAGAAUUGACCAGACAUCAAUCUAAAACAAUAUGAAAUCUGGCCUUUUAGAAAUAUUUCACUUCUUUUAAGAUGGCUUUUAGAAACUGUUAUUUGUUUCUUGUACAGUUUGUAAAUCAAAUAUAUUGUAAAAACAGUUGCAUUUUAGGAAGGUGAAAGAGGUGUAUUUGGGCGUGCGUGUGUGUGUGUGUUUGGGACCUUUCCCUCUUUUUAAUGAGAAUAUUUUUCAGUUAUUGUUUUUUUAAUGUUAAAGCUCUUUGAGGCUGUAAUAGAAGUGGAGAUGUUUCUGGUUUCACAUAGAAUAAGAAAUAAACUUUAUGUUUCAGAUCUCAGGAAUUUUUUUUUUGUUGUUCCAUGGCAAGGAACAAGUAGUGCCUCAAGUGCCCUCAUCCAAAAAUACUUGAGUGAAAUUACUAUUUUUUUUCUAAAUUUAAAACAGACCUACUGAGCAGCUCUUGAGAGAGAUACAUUUAUUUAUAGGGUGCACACAAGCAUGAUGAUGAUACAUAUUCUUAGAAAUAUGUAUUACCCUUGGAUAAGUAAACAGGUACUAAAAGAGCUGACUAAGGAAUGAAAAACAUUAUUUUUGAAACAUUCAAAUAUUCCUUAGCUUGGUUCAAACCCUAGACUAUAACAACAUGUUUUUACUAAAAAUAACAUGUAAGAUUCACUAAGAUGAUACUGUUCACAACAGUUUCUUACUAAGCACAUAGGUAGCCUGAAACCUAGUGUAUAAUUAGUGGUAAUUAUGUGAAUGGAGUAAUAUAUAUUUUGACUACAGCUGGAUAUCAAAUGUCCAAGUUACAUCUCUUGAUGUCUUCAUAGAUAGAUCCAUGUAAUUUUCUUGGUAACAAUACAGAAGUGAUUUUCUAUUGCCUUCUUCCAGGAUAGUGUGUUGACUCUGUAAACUGCUUAGAGAGGGCUGUAAAGCACUGUGAAGCAGUAUAUAAGUCUAAGUGCUAUUGCUAUAGUGUUGCUUUUCUUUUUUUACUUCUCAGUCUAAUCUAAAGUCCUGAUACUGGUAUUUUCAGGAGGUUUUCCUCUGCAAUCUUAAUUAGGCCCACCUCUGCUUAGCUUUCAAACCCAGGCAGGUGCUGUUAUGUGCUGAGAUAGCCAUUGUGUAUCCUUGAAUGAUUAUUGUGGAGAAAAUUAAUCUAUCAAAGCAUAUUCGAAACUAGCAGAGAGAUUCCUGCAAUGCUGAGUUAGUAUUCUUUGAAAAGUGCUUUGUAGUUUAUCCUGUGGAACAGAACUGAAAAGUAUCUCACUAUUAUUCAAAAAUUGUGCUUGGAUAUGUCACAAGAACUACCGUUUUCUUGGGUGGAAAUGGGCAUGACUUGGGCUGAGUUUUCAUAAGCAGCACAUAAGGUGGCAAACUUUUAGAACUUUGGUUUACAUAAUGAAAUGUUGCAUGAUAUUUCCAAAUAAAUGCCUAAGAAACAGAAAUUACAAUGAAAGGAUCCUACCCUACCUAAUCUUUUCACUGACCUAUUGUUUUCUAUGCUCGAGUAUUAUAAAUUAUUGUGAUAAACUCUUAUGGGCCACCUCUUGGCAUUUCUACUAAUACAAUUUAGGAAUAGUUUGCUAUCUCCCUCAUUGUCAAAAUUAGGCUUUAGAUUUAUGUGAACUAGAGUUAUUGACAAUGACUCUGGAUUAAGUGCUGGAAUUGAUAAUCCAUGUUCUAUCCAAAUGCUAGAACAGGGGUGUCACACUCGCGUUGUCAAAUGACGUAUCAUAACUUUCUUUCCCCCUUUGGUAAACCGGGCUGUGGGUGUGGCCAGCGCAUUAUACAUCUGGCCCAUGGGCCACAAAUUUGACACCCCUGUGCUAUGCUAGAAUAUUACAUUGGCUAUAGUGUACCUUGUUUUCUUGAUAUCUCUAAGUCCUAAAUGCAGUGGAGAUAAAUGGCAUUUAUGAUACUUCUAAAUAAAUAUGUGUUUAUGAAUUUAAUUUAAACCUGAGCCAGUUAUCCCUGUAUGCAUGAAGAUAAGAAUUUGGGCCAUUCUCUUAAAUAUUGAAGAUAUAUUGAGAGGUUUAAAAAUUGGAUACAUUUUCCAGUUUAAAAAAAAACUUGUAUAGUGGAUUGGAUCCAAAUUUAAUUCUAAGACUAGACCUAUUAAAAGCAAUAGGAGCUCAUUUAAAUACAUGUUUGAAAUAAAGGAUUUGCAGCUGACUAGUUUUUGUAGCUGCUGUAGAAUUUGAUAAUUAUUAAAGGAACCACUGAACAAGAAAUUCUUUCACUAUUCAACCAUAUUACCGAAAAUUUGCCUCCAUGGAAUUAAUCUUUGUAUAUGUGCAAAAGUUCAUCAAAGGUUUAACUGUAUGAUGAGAACUUUGUUAUUCAUUGUUGUGUUACAAUAGCAGUUGCCAAUGAAUCACUUCUUCCCUUCUGUGCCACUAACGUGCUGUCUGUAUGAAUUGUUGCAUUUUUCCAUAUUAAAGAGCUUUGUGGUUUGAGUUCUUAGAAAAUGUGGCAUAACUUAAAAAAAUGAAAUUUUGAAGAUAAUGUGUAUAAUAAAGCAUAUAUUGUGCAGUUAAACCAGAAGGGCCUAAGAAUGCAGAUGAAAAACUACUAAAAAAAAGCCAUCAGAGAUCAUUAAUUAUAUCAUUAAGUAAAUUUAUGUCAACUUCUUUGGUGACAGAUGUUUUUCUUCACUUAACCACUAGUGAAGAAAACAUUAGCAUUCCCCUUACAUUUUUCCUUAUGAAUGGAAAAUUCCUGCCACUUAAUUUCUUUCCUGUCUGCAGCUAUCAAGAUACAGUUAAAAAUCAGAUAAACUUAAUAACUGGAACAUUAAAUGAACUGAAACAUUAAGAAGUAAUAUAAGAGAUUAGGACAGGAUCAUAAAAUAUGAUAAACUGCCGUUGCACAAAUGUUUAAAAAUGAUAGCAUAUGCACUUUUAUGCACUGUUGAUUUUAUAAUAGCAUUUCUACAGCACUUCAGAAUGUUCAAAAGCACUUCCUCAAUAUCAUUUGCAAACCUUAUGCAAAGAUAUUCCUCCAAUAUUCCCCCUCUAUAACAAAACAUAACAGGAUUAGAGUAUAAUCUGCCUAAUGAGUAAAUUAGUGGUGGGUACAAGAUUCAAACAGAAUUUGCUCAUAGUAACAGGCUAAACUAUAUGUGAUGCUACAUCUGUAGUCUUGUGCAUGUUACUUGGGUUAAGAACCAAAAAGAUGCAAAAUAUGAUAUGAAGCUACAUGCCCAUUUUUUUCUUUACAGAUGCAAUGAGGAAAAAUAUUUUAAAUGUGUGAAAAAAGAUAAAUGCCUUUGUUGUAUCAGUAAUUAUUGAAGACUAAUUCACAAAACUUUGUGCAUUGGUAGAAUAUAGGCACCAGAUUUAGAUUUGAUUAUGAUCCAUUUUAACUGUCCCAUUCAUCCCUUUUAAAAAGUGGUCUUGUGGGUAGCAAUCUGAAUAGAAACCAUGGAAACUAGGUUUUUGUUCCCAUUCUGUAGAUCAAAAGGAACAUACCUGGUUGUGAAUUGUUUUUCACAGAAGCUAUUAUUAAACAAUCUGAAGGAGUAAUUGGUCUGAAGCAAAUUUGGGUAAAAAAUAUCCAUGUACCAGAGUUGCAUUUUUUAAAAAAAAAAUAUGGAUAAUAAAUCAAAUAAGGAUUUCACAUUUAGUGUUCUUAAUUUUCCCACCUUUCAUUUUCCAAUACAAUAGUUUCUAGGAAGUUAAUAUCUUAGCCAUUAUUUUCUUAUAUAUGCUUUAUAACAGGGCAGAUAACCUAAGCCUCAUAGGCUAAUUUCCAUUUUUUGUGCAAUGGAUCUGAUCAGAUGUCUGGGAAGAAAAGUC